AAUCAUGAAUAUUUAUCUCUUUAUUCUUUUAACUUUUUAUUUCAAAAUUAAUUUAGGUCAUUUAUCAAAAACAGUGUUGUUUUAUAUUAUUUUAUAACUUUUGAAAAGCUUUUUAAAAUGCUUAAGUUUCAUUAUAUAUAUAACUAAAUUUCUAUUUCCUUUCAUACAUAUUAAUGUAUAGCGAAAAUACCACCUACAGGUAUUAUUAGCACUUUGUUUUGAAGCUCUGGGGUUGAGCUUUUAAAAUUAUCCCCGUGUAUCAAUGCUUUACGUUGGGCACGUAAAAGAACCAAAAGAACUGCUUUAGUUCAUUUGUAUCUCAAAAAGUCUCCGAUCGAAAUUAUACGACCGCUGAAAUACGACCGCGACUGAAAUUUACGAACGCGUAGAUUUAUUUAACAAUGCUUGUGCAAAAAUGUAUCUUUUGAUCGCGCUUUGACGUGUCAUUAUUUCCGGCAUUUUCUCGGUCUCAAUUACUUCGGCGAAUCGGAUUGUCAUUAAAAUAACCUGUAAAUUUAUCUCGCGUUUUUUGCAUCAUAAAAAAAGGUGGUGCAUUAGACGAAGCACGCAGCUUCGUUUCAUUUGCUUUCGUGUAAGAUUGACUAAUAAUCGUUCUUGCGUAGAGGAACGCUCUAGUGACUCGGCGAAGUUUUAAAUUAUGCCCCGAGGUGUAAAUCGAUAUUGACACGUUGUGUAUUGUCUUCGUGUAGUGUUAAAUAUCGGAUGAUCCGUUAUUGCGUCAUUGAGAAAGAUCAGAAGAUCAGAUCGACGAUUAUCUUGUAGGCGCCAAUGAAAUUCGCCAAUUGAAGAUUUAUAGCGCCAGAAUUUACAUUUUGUCGCAUUUGGCGCCAUUGGCGACCGACAGCGGGAACCCUGAUGACUAUUGCACUUGCCCUGGUGUUGGUGUUGGCUUUUUAUGAAGUCAAGUAAUUCUUAAGAUGUUAAGUCGAACUUGCUCAUUAUGAGUGACAAUGUUCAAAUUUUAAAGUGUGACAUAACUCAUAAAUCAUAACCAGGUAUCAAGACAUUACACAUUCUUCUAAAUACAACCAUAAAUAAAUUAUGCUCCCUUAUAAAGAAAGUCCAUUGUCUUCUUCAUUUUUCCAUUAAACUCAAUUGCUUUGCUUUUUCAGGGUGACAGUGCGCAAGAUUCAGAACUCAGUAUUAUUAUAAUUUUAACAAAAUUAUUCCCCUUCUUGGAUUGACUCUUAAUUUUGACAAGGUUAUGUCCCUUUUUUGACUUGGAAAAUGCUGGUUAAUGUGUGACAUUGAAAACUGUCACCAUGUACUGUGUUGAAACUUCAAACAGAUAUCUGCAUGAUGUUAGGUACAACUGAAUAACAGCAAUCCAAUCCAAGUCCAAUAACUCUUACAUGAAUUCAGAAAUAUACACUUACUAGAUUGAAUAAACUUAGGUACAGAAAAUUCAUUUCACUGACAAGCCCUAGAAUUCUAAAUAGAUUACACAUUUCAUAUUAUACUGGUAUGUAAAUUUGAAAUGUGAGUUUAGAUAGCUACACGUCAUUGACCAUGUUUGCCUAUAGUCAAAUUAUAUUGUCAAAUACAGAGAAUUGUAAAAAAAUAACUAAAGUGAAAUUAUUAGUAAUUUUUUUUUAUUUUACAUUCCAAUAUGCUUUUUUCUGUUAAAACAUGCAAUGUCGUCAAUGUUUUUUUUGCGACCAAGAAAGAGCCCUACUACAUUUUAUCUUCUGUUUUAGAUUAAGGGCAUAUUAUGUAUAGCAAAAUUGUGUUUUUCCUAAAUUAAUACACUCAGAAUCGGUUAUACAUCGCCAGAAUAUUCACUCGGGCCACGUCCUCGUGAAAUUAUUCCGCGUACGUAUAACCUAUUUCUGUGUAUUAAUAACAUUAAAACACAAUUUUUUCUAUUCAUUAUUUCUUAAAUCAACCACUAGGAAAUUUUUUUUUAAAAAUUAGAUUGGUCUAAUUAUUAGAAUGAUUUCUAUCUACUUUGUUAUGCAUAAUGCAAGUGAGCGACUUGAGACCGAUUUGAUCUCUAUUUGAUGAACUAUGCAUGUUUUUUUUAUGUGCUUUAUAUAACGUUGAUUAUGUGAGAACUUUUGAGCAAUAUAUGAAAGAACUUAACAGAUGUAAAUUGCUUUUAGUUUAAUCUUGGAUGUUUUGAUGCAUUACUAUUUUGACUGACAAUAAUCACUGUAAGAAUGAUGUAGAUUUAAAGUACUUUUGUCAGAAUGAAUCCAUCUAAUCUCAUAGUCUGUGCAAUAAACAAUUUAUAAUUUAAACACCACAUUGCGUCUGCUACACAAGAAGACAGUUAAACAUGGAUGAAGAAAUACAAACUGAUAUAACCAGUAGGACUGCAACAUUUCCUGUUCAAGAUGAAGGAACAAUGACCUUGCCAGGCCCGGAUCUACUCUCUCAAGGUCAUAUGAGGAAGAGGCUUGUCAGUGAGCAUAAACUGGAGAGAUCAGGGGCACACAGUGUUAGGAGGGAAAAUUCCAUAGAAGAAGGUGCCGGGUUUGAACGUAAUUGUGUUGUAAUUCCACCUGAAAAUGUCAUUGAAGCACACAGAAUGGAAAAUAACUUCAAGUUUGGUUUCAAGAAAUGGAAGAGUCAUGUGACCUCGCGACCUUUGUCUGAGAGGUCAGACAUUGUGCAGGACCUCUAUGCUGAUAUAUCAGCAGCUAAACCUGUCAGAGUAUCAACUAUACGGCCAACAAACAUAAUGUAUUUACUAUUGGUUGGUUGGUGGCUAGCUUUGGUCUAUGUUGUUGUUGCAUUACUUAUGGCACUGACCAUCAUUGGCAGGUCUUAUGCACCAUUUUGUUUGAGGAUGGCAAAGUACUUCCUGUGGCCAUUUGGAAAGUUUGUGUUUUUGAUGCAUGCGUCUCCAUGCACAACCAACUUAGAAUCUCAUUAUUACCAGAAACAGACUGGGGAAGAAGAUGAAGAGACCAGUCUAAUUAGAUCUGAAAGUAUUGCUCAGGUGUCCUACCAUACACCAGUCUGCAAGAGAGGUUUCUGGACAACAGUCAGCUCGUACCCAUGGUUGAUCCUCGGAGCACCAUUUCUGUUGAUUGUUCAUGCUGUGAUCUGCUUUCUGUCAUGGUUCUUUGUUGUCACCAUUCCUAUCGCCAAGGUUAACACUAAGGCUAUAACUUAUGUUUUAUGGCUGCCACCAGAUAGAGUGAGUGUCGGGGAUUCAGGAAUCAUGUCGAUGGAUCCUAAGAAAAUACGAAGUGAAAUUAUCAUGUACACACAUCAGUCUGUCAACGUCUAUUACUAUAAAUAUACAGUGGAUGGCAUGAACAUCAUAUUAGUCAAUUUAUUAUUAUUUGUAGCACUGUCAAUAGCUUUAGGAUACUCAGAUCCAGAAAAUAAGAUCACAGAUGGUGUUACUAAAUGUAUUUUAGCAGUUUUAGCAAUUGUUCCAUUGACUUACUACAUAGGGAUGGCCAUUAUUAGCAUUUCUGCCCAGAGUAGUUUUGCGAUUGGAGCGGUAUUGAACGCAACGUUUGGUUCCGUGGUUGAACUGAUUUUGUAUAUUGUAACGUUGUUAAAAGGAAAGGACAGUAACGCAACAUGCUUUGCUGAGCUUGUGAGAUCAGCCUUAGCUGGGACAUUGGUCGGUUGUGUUUUGUUCAUUCCGGGAAUAUGUAUGGUACUUGGUGGAAUCAAGUACAGAUCACAGAGAUUCAACCCUAAGUCAGCCUCUGUUACAGCUUUGUUACUGUUUGUAGCUAUUGGAGGUGUUUUUGCUCCUACAUUGUUUUCCAAGAUAUUUGGAGAUCUGCAGUGUCAGAGAUGUGAAAUCAACAGUACGUCGAGUGAGAAUCACACGUCAGGAUUGCAGUGUACAGGGUGUACGCAGUCAGUGCUUGGUUUGGAUGGAGACAAAUCUCUGUAUAAGAAGCACAUAGAGCCGCUGGUGUACUGCAUAGCGUUACUUCUACCUAUUUCGUAUAUUACUGGAGUCUUGUUUACACUAAGAACACAUACAUCAUAUGUUUAUGAUGAGUUUUAUGAACAAGUAGCAGAGGAUGGUGGUACUGGACAUCAUGGUGCCCCACAGUGGUCAAGAAUCAAAAGUUGUUUCAUAUUGUUAUGCUGUGCUACACUGAUAGCGUUGUGUGCAGAUCUGAUAGCAGAAAACAUACAAGAACUACUGGAAUCUUCCGGAGUUUCAGAGUAUUUUAUUGGUGUUACAAUGAUUGCCAUGAUUCCGGAGUUACCUGAGAUUAUCAAUGGAAUACAGUUUUCCCUGCAAAAUAACGUUAACUUGGGAAUUGAAAUAGGCACUAAUACAGCCAUACAGGUGUGCUUGAUUCAAGUUCCAGCUUUAAUACUCAUCAAUCUUAUAUAUCCACUGAAUUUCAUUCUUGUAUUCAAUGAUGUACAUCUGUGGGCUGUGAUAUUCUCUGUGAUUGUAAUCAACUAUAUCUUCCAAGACGGCAAAAGUGACUACUUCCAAGGUUCAGCUCUUGUUGCCAUAUAUGUGAUCCUUUUAUGUAUGUACUUUUUUGUACCAACUCCAGAAAGUGCCAAAUGUUGAGAAUGGAUGAAAAUUGACAUCUUAUGAAAGAAGUGUCUCUGAAAUGUACAUUUGUACAUGUAACAGGAGCAGAAUAUGUCACAGAUAGUAUCAGAUAUGCAUCAUAUAGUAUAUUAUAGAGAAAAUGUCACCUUUUUGGGGGUUGCGUAUUUCACAGGAAUUGAAACACAACCAAUGUACAAAAUUUCUUGAAGGAAACAUUUGAACUGUCAGUAUAUUCUGCAUAAAAAGGACAUUUCCUAAAGGUUUCUCAGCACAUUACAUCAGACUUCACCUUGAAUGUCAAAUAAAAUCCAUAUUCAGGGGUUUCAGAGUGCUACAUCAGACUUUCUAAGAAAUAAACUUGCCAAUUAUAGCAUGUUUUCAUUUUCAGUUUAUUAAGACCACAUGCACUUGCAAGUCCAGUUAGUAGCAUAAUGAUUUAAUUUUGCGGACAUAAAAUUUCUUGAUUUAGACCAAAACGGCUAUUUCAUCGGGAUAUGAAUUCAUAGAUUUUACAUGAAAAAAUUAAUAGGAAUUUUGCUUUUUUGUUGGAAUUUAAUGUUGCGUUUUCACUCAAUUACAUUGAAUUUAAUUUUGUGGAUUCACUCAACCAUAAAAUUCUGUCUCCCAUGAAUAUUAAUGAUUUCACAGUAAGGAUUUUACUGUUUUCAUAUAUGGGAAAAUAUCAUGCAGUGUCUUUAUAGUAUUGCACUAAAGGUUGUAUUAAGUGCUGAAUAUACCUAAUUUAUUUACCUCAAGAGAAGUUGUUAUAUAUAGCCUGGUAAGGUGUGUAUUUUACCUGGCAAAUCAACAAAAAAUUCUGAUAUUGAAAUAUGUGAUAUGUUGUAUUUAUUUUCUAACACUUCUUUAUGACAAUUAAAGUAUAAACAGGGUAACAAUUUUAAAGGUGGUCAAUCAUUUUUUAAGAAAAAAGUUAUGGUAUUUUUCACUUUUGGUAUAUUCUGUUAGGGAUUUAUUUAAGGAACAAAAACAAGACCCAUUACAUAGUCUUAGAGUCAUGUAACAAACGUUUCUUUUAAUGAAUUUUAUAAAAUUUUGCAUUUACUCCCCAUUAAUAUGAUAUUGUUAAAAAAUUGAGUAUUGCUUUUUUAAAAAAACAAGACCGUCUGUUCUCAAAGAGCUAUGCUUAGUUAGCUGGGAAAGGCUGUAUCUAAUGGAUUUCUCUCUGUCUCUAUGUUCUAGGGGCUUUCUCUCAUUAUAUCCCUCUGGUCAGAUCACAAUAUGUCUAUUCUAGUAGAGGAUGAAUUUACCAUCCUGUAUGGCUGCCUUUGUGCUAUGUAUUUAAAUGUGUUUAUCAUGAAACGGGCGUUAUAUAAAUCUAGUAUAAUGUAAUAUAUAUCCUAGUUGGGCGACCAAGAGAGGAAAAUCAGUUAAAAAAAACAACAACAUCCAGUGAUAAUCUAACUUUCAUUAAGGGCUAAGCAAACAUAAGUACAUGUAAGUGUAAGUGAUCAAAUGUUUUGAACAAAUCUGUUAACUUGACAAAAAUCUGAUUAACCACCUUUAAAAAGUUUCACUUAAAUAUUUUAUCAUUAUAUAUCAAUUUUAAAUCUAGAAAAUUCUCAUCAAAUGUAUUUAUUUUGGCUAAAUAUGUAAACUACCUGUUAACUUGUAUUGUUUACCUUGUUGUGACAGCCAUUGAUUUGUUUUAAAAAAUGCCAGGUUUUUCAAUAGUACUGUAGUAAAAAUUCAUAUUGUGUUUAGUUAUACAUUUAUUAAAUGUGUACUGUUUUUAAGUUGGCAUAAAUAGUGUUUAUAAACACAAACAUGUUUAUUUCAUAUUUGCAUAAUUAUCUAUUUUUUAUGUCCCUGCCAUUAAAAAUGAAGUGGGGCAUAUAGUGUCACAGUCAAGGUCACACAUAGAGGUCAAAGGUUUUGCGUCAUAUGUCUUGUCCAGUGUAUAUCUUUUGUAUAAAUGGAUGGAUAUUCAAUUAACAAGGCGAAACAUUCACCAUAACUAGAUAAUGUAUGGAGGGCAAGACAUAGACUCCUAGCUAAAAGGUCAAGGUGGCCCAUAGAGGUUUAAGAUUUUAAGACUAUAACUUUUGUAUGAAUGGAUGGAUAUUCAUGUAACUUGGAACAAACAUAUACCAUUACUAGAUGAUACUGUACACUUAGAGGUUAAACAUUUUACUUCAUUUUUCCUGUCCUGCGGAUAACUUAGUUGUGCAUUGCUAAAUUUUGAAAAUACUUGGCGCAGUUAACCACCAUAAUCAAGAUGUGUCAUGUGCAAAAUCCAGACAUCUGAACUGUUCAGAUGUCAAAGUCACACUUAGAGGAGAUAUUUCUUGCCUGUUCUAAAACUUUUCAUGUACUUGUGCAUAUUCUAAUAACUUGUAGGAGCAUUCAUGCAAUUUGGGCAUAUUUUCUAGUUUUAAUAUGAAAUUUGGACAUAGUAUAAUUUAAACAUGAAUUACACAAAGUCAUGUGAUUGAAUGAAAAAAUGAAAAGGGUAUAUAGGAUUUACAUAACAAAAUGGCACUUUUUUCAGAAUUUUCGAAGUCAGUGAUAAGAUGCUUUUAUUACAUUAAUGUCUAAUUUAAUCAAAAUGUCGCAAUAAAGCGUGAAAGUCUUUGUAAAAGUUUUAUGAAGUGUUUCUAAAUUAACACGUGUACACCCAAUUUUCUCCAAUUUGUGUGAGGGAAAAACAAAAAAAAAAGGAGUCAUUUCCUUAUAUGAAUUCUGUAUACACCUACAAUUAGUUAUUAUUAUUUUUUAGAUUGAUUAGAUGGUAAUUGCAUGCCUGAAGUGAUUUUUAAUCUUAUUAAACCUAUAUUGGCAUAUGGGCCUUGCCCAAAAUAUGCGCAAGUGCCAGUAUACAUUUAGGAGUGCCAUUUACAACUCUAGCAAAUCAAGUGGUCCAGUGGUAACAGACUAUGGAACAACACGUAGUGGUCGUGUGUUCGAGAUCCAAGUCCGCCCAACUUAAAUUACUACCAAGUGGGAUAAGAUCUUGUGUAUGGGUGGAUGCUAAAGAACCAUGGAAGCAUCCUGAAUUGGACCAUCUUGUUCUCCAACUAAAAAAAACAUUUACAGUCUUUUGGAGGAAACAUAAAAAUAAGCUGAGAAACACACCCUCUAAAGUCUAAAUACUUCAGGCAUGUCUUUACCAUUUAAUAAAUCGUUUGUUAUAUAUCUAAAUUUUAUUAUGCACAUACAUCUGUUUAUUGGCAUAGCAUUUAACAUGCCAAUACCUGGUUAUAUGCAUGGGUAAGGUGAUUCUGAGCUGUUCAGUUGUGUUACUAUUUAUUAAAAUUUACAGUAGUAUAAUAAACAAAUUUACUUGAAUUGUUGUACAUCAUAUGUUGAAAUUGCACAAUACUAGGGUCUUUCUAGGAUAAUUUAUUUAUUAUUAUUUGCAUGAUAAUCAAUAAAAUCCAUUUGAAGUCAA